UAUAUCACUGACUUCUCUAUGGGCUUCCCCAAGACUAGCUACGUUCAUAACAAUUAAUAUUGGCUUCAAGUACUACAUUCUUUUUUCGUUGUGAUAUCUCUAUAAAAAUGGCUACAACAGGCACACAUUAUUUACAUCCAAUAUCUUUGGAAUGCAAGCUAUUCCUACAUACAUUGGAGACGUAUGGUAAGCAGUACAAUCAAAUUGAUCCAACUCUUUGUGAGUUGCUGUACGAUGUUUUGCUGGGCAUACAGAAUUUUUUAGACCGAAGUCCUGCGCUCAUUACAACUACUGAAAAAACCAAGGUGCUGCAAAUCAAAGAUCUAUCAACAAUUGAGAGAAUUUACCGUUGCACUUUUUGUAACAUGAAUGUGGCCAAAUCCGCAUAUAAGACUGCUCUACAUUUGGUAGACCGCCAUCGGGUUAUAAGUUUGCCACAGAAGGAGAAGAAUCAAAAAACUCAAGCUGUACAAAAAAAAUCGGACAAUAAGGCGAUCAAAUUACCAAAAAAGGCGAAGGCAAUGGCAAUGGCUGACAUAUCAAAGUUUUUCGCGGAUCAGUUGCAAGUAGCUGAAAAAGUGAAACAAAUACCGGAAUAUGAAGUUAUAGAAAACGCACUUAUGACGGCAUUAACAAAAGCACUACCAGAUAAGAAACCGAAACUAUACAAAUUUGGUUCAAGAAUUACCGGCAUAGGGACACGAUAUUCAGAUUUAGAUAUAUACGUUGACGUCGGUGGACAAUUUAAUGUGUUCGAACAAAGUGCCUCAGCUGAAACGCUAAGUAUCUUCGAUCGUGUUCUUGAAGUCGUUAGAAAGAGUGCCAUCGAUUGGUGUCAGGUUCGUUCAAUUCGUGGAGCAAAAGUACCUAUAAUACGGAUGACAAAUACAAAGACAAAUAUUCAAUGCGAUGUAGGGUUUUCCAACAGUCUCAGCUAUUGUAAUACACAAUUUUUAGAUUAUAUAUACCAACAGCAGCCUUUAGCACGUCGGCUGUGCAUUUUUAUGAAAAAAUGGUUGGAGCGCACACGUUUGAAUGAACGUAUUACCACAUAUUGCUUGGCUUUGAUGGUGAUAUACUAUUUGCAGAUAAAAAAUUACUUGCCUUCUAUUGAGACGCUACAGAAGAAUAUGCUGGCUAAUGUUUUGGUUGGACCAUGGAUUGGCAACUUUAGUAAUACGCCCUUAAGCGAUUUAAAUAUUGAACAGCUUAACGUCGAGUCACCAUAUUGCAAACAGCAUAUAAAAGAAUUUUGCAAAUUUUACUCAAAUUUCAAUUAUGAAUCAUACGCUGUUUGCCCUUACCUCGGACGUGCGGAUAUAGAAAUAGAAGGUUUUGAGAGUUUAAUGCCACAACGCUACAUAAAUUUUGUUAAAAAUGAGAAUCCCGAAAGAGAUUUUGGCUUACAACUUAAUAGCCCAAUGGUGGUACAGGAUCCCUUUGAAAUGAAUCAUAAUGUGGCAAAGCGUGUUACAAAUUCGGAUCUUAAAGAAUGGAAAGAAUAUUUGAAGCAGACUGUCGAGUUAUUGUCCGAUUCAAAAUAAAACUCCAUAAUUUUAAUUUAAUUUUAAUUUUUCAUUUUUACUUGUAUAAAAUUAUGAAUACA